UGUGUGUGUGUGUGUGUGUGUGUGUGUGUGUGUGUGUGUGUGUGUGUGUGUGUGUGUGUGUGUGUGUGUGUGUGUGUGUAUGUGUGUGUGUAUGUGUGUGUGUGUGUUCCACUCAUACAGCAGGGCUGAAGGAGUAAAGCGCUGCGUUACGGAACUGACUCUACUACCGACACAAAUUAAACACACGCACACGCGCGCACGCUGAAGUGUAAGGACCCCCCCACACACACACACCUCUCCAACACACACAUCGAGGAUCCGGGUUCGCCAUCCAACAUGCAGAAAUGGCCACUCAUGAUGUUUCACCUGUCCAGUCUCGUGUCGAGACGGAGCCGGAUGUGAGAGACGCGCCAGAGCUGACGGAGCCGGAGCAGCUGAGGGAGCAAGAGCACGGAGCGAGGGAAGGGAGCGAGCGCGCGGACGGAGGGAGUGAGGGAGGAAGGAGAGAGGGAGGAGGAGGAGCGCGCAGCUCCAUGCAGUUCAGCAGCAGACCGGCGAGUGCCGAGCCGUGCUACAUGGGGACAUGGCAGCAGCAGAACACUGACACACACCUCCUGUUCAGGAUGUCCCAGCAGGCGAUUCGCUGCACUCUGGUGAACUGCACCUGUGAGUGUUUCCAGCCAGGGAAGAUUCACCUGCGCACCUGUGACCAGUGCAAACACGGAUGGGUUGCUCACGCUCUGGAUAAGCUGAGUACGCAGCACCUGUACCAUCCGUCCCAGGUGGAGAUUGUUCAGUCCAACGUGGUGUUUGACAUCAGCAGUCUGAUGCUGUAUGGAACACAUGCACUUCCUGUCCGCCUCAAGAUCCUCCUGGACCGUCUGUUCAGUGUCCUCAAGCAGGACGAGGUGCUGCACAUCCUGCAUGGCCUGGGCUGGACCCUCAGAGACUACGUCCGGGGCUACAUACUGCAGGAUGCUGCAGGCAAGGUGCUGGACCGCUGGACCAUCAUGUCCCGUGAAGAGGAGAUCAUUACCCUGCAGCAGUUUCUGCGCUUCGGAGAGACCAAAUCCAUUGUGGAGCUCAUGGCGAUUCAGGAGAAGGAAGGCCAAGCGGUCACGGUGCCCUCUUCAAAGGCUGACUCUGGUAUCCGGACUUUUAUUGAAAGCAACAACCGUACUCGCAGUCCUGGCCUCCUUACACACUUGGAGAACAGCAGCCCUUCUAGUAUCCAUCAUUUUGAGAACAUCCCCAACAGUUUGGCUUUUCUGCUGCCCUUCCAGUAUAUCAAUCCUGUCUCGGCUCCCAUGUUGGGGCUGCCGCCUAACGGGCUAAACUUAGAUCAAGCGGCUCUGAGGCUCAGAGAGCCAAACCUUUCCAAUCAGAGUGAACCAGUAGAUAGCAGUGAGUCAGAAGUGUCUUUGUCACCUUUCCGAAACAGCCAGAGUCCAAACCGAGGUGCCAUAGGGACCAUUCCGAAUUCCAUUGAGCCCAAGACGGAACCUAAUGGAUCAUCACCUAUAACAACAACCCCAUCCGCACAGCAAGUCCAACAACAGCAAACACAGCAGCAGCAACAGCAGAUCCAACAACAGCAGCAGCCCCAGAACAAUGCCAUAAAUGACCACCACUUUGUGAAAAAUGAGCAGUCAAAGAACCUUCACUCUUCCUUCUCUUCCAAGAUGCACCGCAUGCGUCGCAUGGGUACUCCGUCGCGCAAGGGUCGCGUCUGCUGCAAUGCCUGUGGCAAGACCUUCUAUGACAAAGGCACUCUGAAGAUCCACUAUAAUGCUGUUCAUCUGAAGAUCAAGCAUCGUUGCACGAUUGAGGGAUGCAACAUGGUCUUCAGCUCCUUGCGUAGCCGCAAUCGCCACAGUGCAAAUCCCAACCCUCGCCUUCACAUGCCUAUGCUGAGAAACAACCGAGAUAAGGACCUCAUUCGCUCCACUUCUGGAUCAGCUACCCCGGUCAUCUCUAGUACCAAGAGUGGAUUUACUCUAACAAGUCCCGGACGGCCUCCUCUAGGCUUUGCAACUCCACCUCUCGAUCCGAUGAUGCAGUCCCCCCUUCAGAGUCCUCUGGUCUUCCCAUCCCUGAAGUCUGUGCAACCAGUACAACCCAUACCACCUUUCUACCGCAGUUUGCUUUCUCCUGCUGACAUUGUGAGCCCUCCAGUGUCCCUUCCCACUAGUCCGAUUUUACCCACUACUACCAACAGCACCUCCAUCAUGGACCAACAUCAGCAGAUCUUAGCUGCUAGUUCCAACAAUAGCCACAUGUCUGAGACAGGAACUUUGUCUCACCACCUUUCCACCACUUUAGGUGCUCCGGAUCCCAUCACCAUUGAUCCUAUGCCCAAGAAAAAACCUCGCAAGUCCAGCAUGCCUGUCAAGAUCGAGAAAGACAGAGAGGUACCGGAGGAUUAUGACGAUAAAGAUGAAGACAACGAUGAUGACAGUUGUCAUCAUCGUCAUCCUGCAGCUCACCUCCACAAUAAUAUCAAUGGAAACUGCAACAAUAAUAACAACAGCAGCAGCGGGCAUCAGUCACCCUCCCAGGAUGAGAUGACAGAAGGCACCAGUGAGCUGCGUUGCAUGGACAGUUUCACUUCCGAGGAACAGGACCAUGAGCGUGACUUCGAGAAUGAGUCAGAGACUUCUGAGUCCAAGAUGUUCUACCGUGAUGAGCCAAUGGAUGCUGAAGAGCAGCGCCACACCUCCAGGAGAAACAUGGACAAAGAAAAGGAUGAUGGCCUGGAAGAUAGACACAUCCACAAAGAGACAGAUGAAAAGAGAUGCUCUUCGCUGUCCCCACAUCAACCAGUCAUCAAAAUCAAAGAAGAACUCAAUGAUCCAACCUAUGACAUGUUUUGCAUGGGGCAAUACAAUCUGUACAACGGUGGAAUGGCUGCUGCAGCUGCAGCCGCUGCAAGUAUGGCUGCCUUGCACGAGAGCUUCAUCUCCUCCAUGGGUUACGAAUCAAGUUCGCCCAAAUUUCACUCCCAGUCCCCAGAGGGCGAUCUCUGCUCCAGCCCUGACCCUAAAAUCUGCUACGUCUGCAAGAAGAGCUUCAAGAGCUCCUACAGUGUCAAACUGCACUACAAAAACGUACACCUAAAAGAGAUGCACGUCUGCACGGUGGCCGGAUGCAAUGCUGCUUUCCCUUCCCGACGAAGCCGAGACAGGCACAGCUCCAACAUCAACCUUCACCGCAAACUUCUGACCAAAGAACUGGACGACUUUGUCCUCGACCCCCAGCUCAUGCCGCUGCCCCGGGACAUGCGCGCUGAGCUAGCGGCCAAAAUCUACUCUGGACACCGACACGAGGACCCCGUGUCCCCCCUAGGCAACGGUUACCGCGGCGACAGCGAUUACACGGCGCUGGACCUGAGCACGGCGUCAAGCAUCCACUCUAGCGGCAGCGUCCAGUCGUCACGUGACUCGGACGAGGCCAGCGACGAGGGCGUGCUCCUGGACGAGCUGGACGCUAGCGAGGGAGAGGAAGCGGGGCCUGGGCUAGUUGAAGGGGCGGGGCUGGUGACCUCAGACCCCGCCUCCUCGCCGUCGGCGACCGCUAAUGGCGGCAUCUUAUGCUCCAUCUGCCACAAAAUGUACAGCAACAAAGGGACGCUGCGAGUGCACUACAAAACCGUUCACCUGCGCGAGAUGCACAAGUGCAAAGUGCCCGGGUGCAACAUGAUGUUCUCCUCGGUUCGAAGCCGGAACCGACACAGUCAGAACCCCAACCUGCACAAAAACACACCCUUCAUCUCCAUGCUCGACUAGCCCCGCCUCCCCCUCCUCAGAGACACGCCCGCGUCCCCACACACUCUGCCCAUAAUCUCUGCAUUUCAGUGUCAAAACGUGUCAAAGGUCCUGUAAUGCGACCAUCAGACAAUAACCUUGGGUCACGUCACUGCUCACGUCACUGCUCACGUCACUGCUCCCUUUCUGACUCGCUUUUUUUUUCUUCUUUGGGAGAAUUUGACGAGACGUUUCUUUCCGACUCGAGGCUUCUCUUCUUUUGCUUGAUUCCCAAACGGCCGCCAUUUCGAUCCUUUUUUUUUGUGUCCGACUCCAUAGAAGAUCCUCAGACUCUGUACGUGUGACUGUUGCCUGCAGAAAUGGUAUUAUUGAAAAAAAAGAAUAAUAAUAAUACGAGAAAAAAACGUCUCCUUGUUGUAUUUGUGUAACGAUAGCUUUAUGAAAAAAAAAGAAGCCCCUACAUACCUAAAGCAUGAACAGUUUCAAUCUGUAAAUAACGUCCUGAGAGGCUUUUUGGUGUAAAACAAUUGUAUUGAUGGUCGCUUGCUCUUUUUUUCUUUUCUCUUUAUUUUUUGUUGGUUUUCUUUCCUUUUUUGUUAAAGUUUACUCUUUCAGCUGAAAGUGUAGGUGACAACAGGUAGCAUUUUACUAGCUUCAUUCAUUUAUAUUAACGUCAAAAUUAAAAAAUAAAAAGGAAAAAAAAUUUACCCAAGAACAAAAAUAAUAAUAAUUGAUAAUAAUAAUGAUAAUAAUAAUAAUAUUGUGACUCGUUUUAUCUACUUGUGAGAUUUUGCAGACGGAGCUGCAUGCUUUCAGGCUCCUGAACGACUCCUUUAGCUUUUUUAUUCUUCUUUUUCUUAAUUUUUUAAAAAAAAGAUUUAGUCAGACGUUUGGGUUUUUUGCACUUUGCAGCUAUAGCGAGCGGGAUGUGUAAUAUUAUUGAGGACGGAGUCGCUCGGCAGUCACAGCCGGAGGAAAAAGGAAAUAAAACAUUGUAUCUUUACAGAAAUGUCCCGGCUUUGCACUUGUGUUGAGUCGAAGGUUGUGUAUCGUCUCUGACGUCAAACCCAGACACGGUAUCAGGUCACAUGACUUGAGCUAGCGUUAGCAUGUGAUGUCAUCAACCUGCCAUUUGACAUCACACGCAAAACAGGACAAAUGUCGUGUUCCGCCAUAAAAAUGAUGGAACAAUCAGAACAUGUGAAUUUAACACCGACCGCCAAACGUCACGAGUUUUCAUGAAAUUCACCUCGACUUUAAAUUGUUUGGUUAAACGUGUAAAAGGAACAAGUUUGCUAUGUCACUGUCUAAGCUCCGCCCAGGUCACAUAAUGAGGCUAUUGAUCAAUCAAAUGAAGAAAAAAAGUGUCAGACGUUAAUCAGUGAACUGGUCCAUGUUUCCCUGAAUAAGGGUGUGGUCUGAUCACACUGCUCUCUGUGUUAAGUGUGAGAGUGGAGCUGGAGCUCUCUCUCAGUGUAGGACUGAACACUGAACACUGAACACUGAACACUGAACAGCAGAAUGAAGCCGCAAAAAAACAAGAUUGUUGCUGCACCACUUUCACUACAUUUCUUUCACUCUCGUGCUGAUGGGAGGCAGUGAGACAGUGAGACAGUAAGGCAGUGGGACAGUGAGACACUAAGGCAGUGAGACAGUAAGGAAGUGAGACGGUGAGACAGAAAGGCAGAGAGGCAUUUAGACAGUAAGGCAUUUAGACAGUUAGGCAGUGAGACGGUGAGACAGUAAGGCAGUGAGACGGUAAGGCAGUAAGACGGUAAGGCAGUGAGAUGGUGAGACAGUAAGGCAGUGAGACGGUAAGGCAGUGAGUCAGUGAGACAGUAAGGCAGUGAGACAGUGAGGUUUACGAGCGUGAUUAAAUCCGAGGCACAGCACACCGGAGGCAGGAGUACCGACUCUGUGCUGAUCUGUGGAAUAACUCGCUCGUCACUUUGUUACGUUAGAGACGUGAAAGCUGCUGACAUGCUCGUGUCACACACUCAUCUAACCCCCGUCUAUCCCCCCACCCUCCCACCACCACCCGUGUGUUUGGGUUCCUCAGGGACUCAGGUUAAUAACACACGUUUUAGUUCCCCGUCACUCUGAAUAACAGCAGGUGUAAUUGCCUGUUUAUUUCGUUUGAGAGAAAAAAAUUGAGCAUCGAGAGCCAGCGACUUCUCCAGAGUCACAUAUACUCUCACUGCUGACAGCUGUCUGUCUCUCUGUCUGUCUGCCUGUCUGUCUCUCUGUCUGUCUGCCUGUCUGUCUGUCUGUCUGUCUCUCUGUCUGUCUGCCUGUCUCUCUGUCUGCCUGUCUGUCUCUCUGUCUGUCUGCCUGUCUGCCUGUCUCUCUGUCUGUCUGCCUGUCUCUCUGUCUGUCUGCCUGUCUCUCUGUCUGUCUGCCUGUCUCUCUGUCUGUCUGCCUGUCUGUCUGUCUGCCUGUCUGUCUCUCUGUCUGUCUGUCUGUCUGUCUCUCUGUCUGUCUGUCUGCCUGUCUGUCUGUCUCUCUGUCUGCCUGUCUGUCUCUCUGUCUGUCUGCCUGUCUGUCUCUCUGUCUGCCUGUCUGUCUGUCUGUCUGUCUCUCUGUCUGCCUGUCUGUCUGUCUGUCUGUCUCUGUCUGUCUGUCUGUCUGUCUCUGUCUGUCUGUCUCUGUCUGUCUGUCUGUCUCUGUCUGUCUCUGUCUGUCUGUCUGUCUGUCUCUGUCUGUCUUGCUCUCUCUCUUACACACACACACACACACACACACACACACACACACACACACACACACACACACUGCACUAACAGGCUGGAGAGAUGACAGGAGCAGGAGUACUUGUUAACCUCUUGUGAUGGAAGAGGCAGAAAGAAAAUCCCAGUCUUCCUUCCUUCCUCUUUUCUUUUUAUUCAGUUUUGUCUCUUUUCUUCUUGUUACAUUCCUCUUUACAACCUUUUUUGUUAAUCGUUUUCUUUUGCUUUCCUUCUUCCUGUUUUCCCCUCUUUGUCUUUUCUUAACCUACAUCAUUUUUUUCUUUAUUGUUCUUCUUAUUUUGCCCUUCCUUAGACUUUUCCUUUUUAUUCCUUCUUUAUAUCAUUUUUAUUACUUUCUUCUGUUUUUUCUUCCUUUCUUCCUUCCUUUCUGUCUCGUUGUUCAGAAAGAGACGGUCGGUCGUCUGUGGUGGUGUGUUAGAGAGACAGAGAGACAGAAAAUCUUGUUAAAAACCAGAAUGAAUGCUGAUUUUAUUCUGUUCAGUUUAAAAAAAAAAACAUUUUAGACAUUAGCACAGAACUGAGAAUGAAAUGUAACGAGUCCGAAAUGCGAUCUGGUGAGAGGAACUGUCUCAUACACACACACACACACACACACACACACACACACACACACACACACACACACACACACACACUGUUCCUGAGGUCGAGGAUGAGCUAGCUCGCUUUGGCUAAGCCGGCAGUUCUGAUGCUAAAUGAGCUGCAGAGUCCCUGCUGAUGCAGAGAAAGAGGGAGAAGAGGACAGACUCAGCAGAGAGAGAGAGAGAGACAGAGAGAGAGAGAGAGAGAGAGAGAGAGAGAGAGAGAGAGAGAGAGAGAGAGAGAGAGAAAGAGAUAGAGAGAGAGAGACAGAGAGAGAGAGAGACAGAGAGAGAGAGACAGAGAGAGAGAGAGAAAGAGAGACAGAGAGAGAGAGAGAGACAGAGAGAGAGAGAGACAGAGAGAGAGACAGAGAGAGGGAGAGAGAGAGAUAGAGACAGAGAGAGGGAGAGAGAGAGAGAGAGAGAGAGAGAGAGAGAGAGAGAGAGAGAGAGAGGGAGAGAGAGAGAGAGAGAGAGAGAGAGAGAGAGAGAGAGAGAGAGAGAGGGAGAGAGAGAGACAUAUUAUAGAACGAUCCCGUCAUGACUCCACUGCACAUUUACAAACUUUUUUUUUAAUUAUUUUUCUACACAAUCUUCUGAAACAAUUUUAACAGUUCAGUAAAAAAAAACGUCAAGAAUAAAAUUAAACUUGUCUGAAUUUACAGUCAUGAGAAAAACUGGACUGAACCUCAGGAAUGAUCAGAACAGUGUCCUGUGACAUAAACAGCUGUCGAUGCUGGUGUUAAGUCGUCACGUCUCCUGACGCUGGUCACAGCUCUGUCUGAACAUUUAGGGAAUUAGAACAAAAAAUCAAUCAAAUAAAAAAAUAGAUCAGAAGAUUACAGAAGCAGCUGAGAGACAGAUGAUGAUGUUUCGUCAGAGUGAAACGAAGUCGAUCAGCGCAAACAUCAACAACAUGAACGUUUAUCUGACAUCUUUCUGUUUUUUUAUCUUUACAAAAAAUUCAUUCUGGUCUUUUUAAAUACAUCAGUAUUGUGUGUGAUGUUCAACAUGUUUACACAUUUAACUUUAACAUCAUUUAUUGGGUCAAAUUUCUAGCUUUGGGGCGUGGCCUAAAGGGGUGUAGUCGAAAGGGGCGGGGAAUAAAGUAACUAUGGUAACACGUUCUACCUAAACUUUGUUGUUGUUUAACAUUGAAUUUAAAUGUGAAUCAGGAUCACGUGACACGACAUCACUUCCUGUUUGAUCAGACGUGUGUAUAGAGCGAGUGUUUAAUACAAAAUACAACAAAACCCCAACCCGCUCCUUUGCUUUCCCUCCUGUAAAGUGGGCGUGGCCUGUCCGGUUCCUCUGCCUCAGUGACGCAUUAAUAUUUCAUGGACUGUUUGAUUUGACGUUCAGACACAAACGGAGCACUUAGUCAACUGCAGACGCUCAAGCUAAAGAAAAUAAAUAAAUCAAUAAUUAAAAGAAGAAACUCCCUGAUGAUGUAAUCCGACACCCUGCACUCACUCCUUCUUUGUGUAAGAUAAAUGAUAAGACUAAUAAUUAAAGGUAUUGCGUGUGGUUUGUGACGUGAAAGAGAAAAAAGAAAAGUGUAAGUGAUGAAUGAAUAUUUACUCUCUUUCUCUCUUGUCCACAGAUAAGUCGUGAUCUUGAACCCUUUUGUUUUUGUGUGAAUUCUUUCCUCUUUGUUUUUGUUUAGUUUGCGUUAAAGCUGCCGCUCCGGGCCGCUCCGGGCCGCUCCGGGCCGCUCCGGGCCGCUCACCGCCGUGUUUCGUCCUGUUUCACUUCGUCUUUAUUCUCUUGGAUUUUUGCGCCGAGCUUCAUGAAUAGUGCAUGGGCCCUGAACAGCGUUUGUCCAUUAGGCACACUCGAGGAAAAAAAAGAAUUAAUGAAUAAAAUAAAAAAGUCAGUUUAGUUUCUUUGUUUGAACUGAUUUGCUUCUGCGUCUGUCUUCUGUAUCAUAGCUGACUGUCGAUGGAUUUUGCAUUAAAUGCAUAAAGGGUUCGGGGAUGUAAAUGGAAUUUUAUUCAUAUUUUGUCCAAAUACCUCUCUUGUAAUUUGUAUCAGAAUUCUUGUACAAUUUUUAUAUUAAAGAUUUAUCAGUCAC